CUCAGGCGUCCUUUAAAAACCCCAUUCUAAUUUGACUCUAUAUAACACUACUGUCUACUGCUAUAUUCUAGACAGAUAACAUAAUUCCAAUGUCUUGUUCCAACACCACAAUACCCGCCGCCGAUCACGGCGGAGCGACGGCGAUCACCGCCGUCCAUCCCGAGAUUAUUCAAACCCAUAUAUUGAAAAGAUUGGACGGCGCAACGCUUGCCUCCGCCGGCUCCGCCUUUUCGCAGCUACGCGCGCUUUGUUCGGAGGAGAAUCUCUGGCGGGAUAUUUGCAACUCCACUUGGCCGUCAACCACCGACCCAAUCCUCCGCCACGUCAUCUCCGCCUUCCCGUCCGGCCACCGGUCGUUCUUUUCCGACGCUUUCCCCACCAUUCAUCAUCACCGCCCCCGCCAGGGACCUCAGGAGGAGCACCACCACCACCACCGCCGCCGCCCGUCUCCGUCGCCGGAGCUCAUCUCCGCCGUCGAUAUCCUCUACGGCGAGAAACUGAUAUACUCUAAGGUCAUUGUCUCCGAAACCGCGUCCGGCUGGUUCCUGUCCUCCCCGUUCAGAAUCGACCUUCUCAGCAUGAAAGAGACGGUGCCGACGCCGGUGAAGUUCGACGGCGACGAGGCCACGACGGUGGCCCACCUGGAGGAACACCUCCGGCUGAGCUGGAUCCUGAUAGACCCGUCGGCAAAACGCGCCGUGAACAUAUCAAGCCUGAAGCCGGUAAACAUCCGACGGCACUGGCUCACCGGAGACAUAAAGAUACGAUUCGGCACGGUGGUUGACGGCGGCGGAAUUAGCGACGAAGAGGUGGUGCAGUGCAGCGUGGUGGCCAUGUGCGAGGGGAAGGAAGGAGGGGAGCUCCACGUGCGGGAGGUGAGCAUGCAGGUGGAAGACGUGGACGGGAAAACCAUGAACGGGAAGGACAGCAUGGUAAUUUUACAAGACGCCAUGGAAAGAAAGAGGAAGAAAAGGGAAGAAGGAGAAGCGAAAGAAGGGUACAAGAAAUUCGUGGAAUACAAGAAACAAUGGAGGGAGAUAAAACAGAGAAGAGAGAAUAGAUUGGAUAUGGCGUGCAUAGCUGGUGGAAUUACCAUUUUGAUGGCUUUUUUUACCCUGGUUUUGCUGGGUUCAGAAAGGGGUAGAAUUUACUUUUCACAUUUAUUUUAGUCACAUCCCAUUUAUUCAUUUUAUAUAUAGUUGGUUGGUUUAUGAUGAAAAAUACACAAUACACCUAUUAUAACAUGUGUUGUACCAAUAUUCAUUUUUCAAGUACAUAAAUAAAAUAUUUUUU